AUGCAGCGAAGCCCAGGUCCGGAGCUCCAGCGCCUGGAGGCCGCGCUGCCCGACCUGGGGGUGCCUCCGGAGAGGGGCUUGCCGAGCUGGCAGGUCCGUGCGAACUACCAUGAAACUGUGGGCAAGCUGGAGGACAAACUCGCCAACAUGCGAUAUGGCGGGCCGACAUGCGAGUUGGCGGAGCUGGCUGUGCAGGGGCGCAAGGCAGCACGGGUACGUGCGCGGUUGCAAGGAUCUUCAGCUAUGCACUUCUUCCUGCAGCUGAGGGACUUGAUGACUUAUGGGUCCUGGAGCCCCUUCACCCUGGAGAAGCUCAUGGCCCAAAAGCGGGCGAAGCUGCAGAAGGCCGAGAGUGUCACGGACGAGGCCCUUUGUAGCAGCAUCGUCGGCUCUGCCACGCGGACCAGCGAGGCUUGGAACACUCGAGCAGAGGUGCUCGAGCACCAGGGGAGCAGUUAUGUCCAAGAGACCUUCAUGUGCCCUGGAAGGGAUCUCGGUGGGCUUACAUGGCGUGUUGGGAUGUCGGGUUUUAGGGCUUUUAGGGCCGUAGAGAGUUUAAAGUUUACUUGCUGGUUUUAG